UGUGUAAUCCUUUAAAUACUCACCAUAAAUAACAACCCUAUUUUUGUCCAUUUCAUUCAUUUUAACAACAAUAACCACCUCAUUAUCUCAAAAACAACAAAACCAAAACCAAAACCAAAAAAAAGAAAAAAAAAUGGCUCUCAAGGCAAUUCCAAUUUCUCAAGUUGUUCCACACAUUGAUGAAAUUCAUGUUGAAAAUGUCUCAUUUCCUUCAAUUUACAAUAAUAAUUCUACAUCUCUUUCCCAUGAUGAAGAUGAGGAUGAUGAUGUUGGGAAGAUGAAUAAUAACAAUAAUAAGUUUGUAGUAAUGGGACAUAGAGGAAGUGGGACAAAUAUGUUGCAAUAUUCUUCAUGUCAUGAAAAUAUAAUAAAAGAGAAUACUUUGCGUUCCUUCAAUGAAGCUACUAAAUUCAACCUUCAAUUUAUCGAAUUUGAUGUUCAGGUAACACGCGAUGGCUAUCCAAUAAUUUUCCACGAUAUCUUCAUUUUUACACAACAAGAGGGUAAGUUGAUUGAGAAAAGAGUUACGGACCUCACUUUGGAGGAGUUCCUUUCAUAUGGACCUCAGAAUGGCUCAACAAAUGUGGAAAAACCAUUAUUCAGGAAAACGAAAGAUGGAAGGAUCUUCGAAUGGAAGGUCGAAGAGGAUGAUCGGUUAUGUACAUUGCAAUAUGUGUUUGAGAAUGUGAGUCAGUCUGUAGGGUUCAACAUUGAGUUUAAAUUUGAUGACAAGAGAAAUUAUAAAGACGAAGAACUUGUUCGCGUUAUUCAAGCAGCUUUACAGGUAGUGUUGAGGUACGCCAAAGGUAAGCGUAUCAUGUUCUCGAGCUUUCAACCAGACGCGGCUCAAUUGAUCAGGAAGGAGCAAACUGCCUAUCCGGUUUUCUUCCUAACGAACGGAGGCUCUGAAAUUUAUCCGGACAUCAGAAGGAACUCGUUAGAAGAGGCGAUUAAGUUGUGCUUAGAAGGCGGUCUACAAGGCAUCGUCUCGGAGGUGAAAGCCAUUUUAAGAAAUCCAAAAAUGAUAGCAAAUAUCAAAGAAUCCAAUCUUUCCCUUAUGACUUAUGGCCAACUAAACAACGAGAAAGAAGUGGUUUACUUGCUAUACAUGAUGGGUGUUGAUGGAGUGAUAGUAGAUUUCGUUGAAGAGAUUACUUCAGUUGUUGCCCAGUUUUCGAACCAAGUUCAUCAUGACAGAAAAGAACACUUGUUAUUGUUGGAAAAGAGGUUGUUAUCGGAGCAACGAAUAACUCUCUGCUCGGAGGAUGAGAUCUCAUAUUUUCGAAGGCUCGUGCCAGAGUUGAUACAUUUGUGAAUCUGUAUAAUCGCAAAUGUACGAUUAGAUGGUCUUGUUUUGGUAUGUAUAUUGGUAUAUUGUAUGUUUUCAUGUAUAAGGUUUGUGUAAUAAAAUUUUGUAUAGGGACAUGUAUCAUGGAAAGUAGUUAACAAUCAAAUGUAUAGAGGGGAUUAAUGAGGUCUGUAUAAGUUUUUAGAUAUAAGCAAUCUACAUUUACAUAAAUAUGUAUUUACAAAGAGUGCAAAAUAGAUGGAUAUUUCACAAUUCAAAUGAA